AGAGAGAGAGAGAGAGAGAGAGAGAGAGAGAGAGAGAGAGAGAUGGAGGUGGCAAAAACAAUUGAAGACAAGAAGAAUAAUGAUGCAGAUGAAGAAGUGAUGCUUCCAGGGUUUCGAUUCCAUCCAACCGAUGAAGAACUUGUCGGGUUUUAUCUCCGACGAAAGGUGGACAAGAAAUCCAUUAGUAUUGAACUCAUCAAACAAGUUGAUAUCUACAAAUAUGAUCCAUGGGAUCUUCCAAAAGUAAGUAGUGUUGGGGACAAGGAGUGGUACUUCUUUUGCAUAAGAGGAAGGAAGUACAGGAACAGCAUAAGGCCUAAUAGGGUUACAGGAUCUGGAUUUUGGAAGGCGACCGGGAUCGACAAGCCUAUACAUUCACUCAAAGAACCCCAGGAUUGCAUUGGCCUCAAGAAAUCCUUGGUUUACUACCGUGGAAGCGCUGGAAAAGGCACGAAAACCGAUUGGAUGAUGCAUGAGUUUCGCCUCCCACCAAAUGGAAAGAAUAAUGCCAAUAUCUCACCGACUCAUCAUAUCAAGAACAAUAUUGCUCAUCAAGAAGCCGAAGUAUGGACAUUGUGUAGAAUCUUCAAGAGGAUCUCAUCUUACAAAAAGUACGCACCCCACUGGAGAGAAACAGCAGUGCGUAAUACAACUGAUUCGAGUUCAAAAACAUGCAGCUUUGAAUCUGAUCAAAACAGUUUUGGAGAUCAUUCUUCUUCUACCUAUAAUCUUAUAAUCAAUGAAAGGAAACCUGCAGCAGCACUCACUACUUUUUCAGACCAAGUGAUCAGUGCUACUGAUGAUCAUCAGAGAAACCCCUACUUUCUUAUGAGUCAAUUGGCUGCAGCACAAGCACAAGAACAAGCUCCGCAUACCUCUACAAUGGAUUACACAAGCUUCUGCAAUAAUCCAAGUAGUAAUGAUGAUUUCUUUGUGAAUGGAAAUUGGGAUGAGCUCAGAUCAGUUGUUGAGUUGGCUGUUGAUCCAUCUCAACCUUAUUAUGGAUGCAGAUAGUUAAUAUAUAUUAGGAAUUAAGUUAAAAUAAACACUAGAUAUAUGCAUAUAUAUAGCUUAGUUGGUGCUGUUGGUUAUGUUUGACCUGUUUAAGGUCUACAUUAAUUUUUGGUAUAGUUUCGACAGAACUGGUCUGUCUUUAAUUUACAGAUGCUACAUAUGAUACAACACAUACUGCAGCAGCCUUACGCA